CUGGGGGGCAGUGGAGGCCGUGGCUGUGACGUCGCCACGUGACGCAAUCACGCACGUGCGUGCGCCCGUCAGCUGAUCAGGGAGCCGCUGCGGAAUUAACGCGCGUCGCUGCGAUAUUUUCAUAAAAUCAACGACAUAACGAACAUGAGAAAAUAAAGACCGGCUCCGUAUCACAGAAAACAUGACAGGAAACAGUCUGGUAUUACCCAUAGUUCUGUGGGGCCGCAAUGCACCCACUCACUGUAUCUCCAGCCUGCUGGUGAUGGACGAUCUGGCCACCAUCAUCACCGGCUGCCAUGAUGGACAGAUCUGCAUCUGGGACAUGACCUCAGAGCUGGAGAUCAAUCCCCGUGCUCUGCUGUUUGGACACACGGCCUCCGUCACCUGUCUGUCCAAGGCCAGCGCAGGAAGUGACAAACAAUACCUCGUCAGCGCCUCUGAGAGCGGGGAAAUGUGUUUAUGGGACGUCAGUGAUGGACGCUGCAUUGAGUUCACCAAAUUGGCCUGUGCACACACCGGUAUACAGUUUUAUCAGUUCACCAUUGGCACACAGAGGGAGGGACGUCUCCUGUGCCACGGACAUUACCCAGAAAUCCUGGUGGUAGACGCCACCAGUCUCGAGGUCCUUUACUCACUCGUGUCCAAGAUUUCUCCUGACUGGAUCAGUUCCAUGAGCAUCAUUCGCUCGCACCGCACGCAAGAGGACACAGUGGUGGCCGUGUCAGUCACUGGUAUUCUCAAGGUGUGGAUCAUCACCGCUGACGUCAGCAGAAUGCAGCAGGAUCUGGACCCCGUGUUUGAGGAGGAGUCGAAGCCGAUCUACUGUCAGGGCUGCCAGAGUAUUUCCUUCUGCACGUUCACACAGCUCUCGCUGCUGGUGGUGUGUUCGAAGUACUGGAGGGUGUUAGAUGCGGGUGAUUUCUCCCUGCUGUGUUCGGUCCCGAGCGAGAACAAUCAGUCGUGGGCCGGAGGGGAAUUCAUCGCUGCUGAUAAAGUCGUAAUAUGGACUGAAGAUGGUUGCAGCUACAUUUACAAAUUACCGGCCAGUUGUCUCCCAGCGAGUGAACACUUCCGCAGCAGCGUCGGGAAGAAGCCGGAAGGUUCCAUCCCUCCUCUGGUGUACAGCAUCGCCGACCGCGCCGACAAACAGCCGGAGGAGGGGUGGGAGGGGCAGUGUGUUGUGGUGCGUCUCCCUGACAACGCUUGUGAUCCGGAGCUCUACUCUCCUGAAUUGCAAUUCAUCCAGCAGCCUCUAGAGGCACCACUCCUGAUUUGUCCGCCCGUGACGCGCUUCUUUUUCGGACGGAGGGAGCCCUUCCACAAGCUGCUGAUUCAGGGAGACUCUGCGGGCCGACUGACGGUUUGGAGCGUCCCGGAGACGUCGCCCUUACAGCCGCUGUCCUCCGCCGCAGAGCUCCAGGUGUCCGCCAGCAUCAGUCUCCAGGAGGCCUUUGAUAAGCUCAUGCCGUCUCCAGCGGGCAUCAUUGACCAGCUGAGCGUCCUGCCCAGCUCCAGCGACCCCAUUAAGGUGACGGCUAGCGUGUACAUCCCGUCUCAGGGGCGGCUGGUGUGCGGACGAGAGGACGGCAGCAUCAUACUGGUUCCUGCUACACAGACGGCCAUCGUUCAGCUCCUGCAGGGAGAACACAUGCUGCGCAGGGGCUGGCCUCCUCAUCGCACCCUCAGAGGUCACAGACACAAGGUCACGUGUCUGCUGUACCCGCAUCAGGUGUCGCCACGCUACGAUCAGCGCUCGCUGGUGUCCGGCGGCGUCGACUUCUCGGUCAUCAUCUGGGACAUUUUCACGGGCGAGAUGAAGCACAUCUUCUGCGUGCACGGAGGAGAAAUCACGCAGCUGAUCGUGCCUCCGGAAAACUGCAGCACGCGUGUGCAGCACUGUGUGUGUUCGGUGGCCAGCGAUCACUCCGUCGGCCUGCUGAGUUUGAGAGAGCGGAAGUGCAUCAUGCUGGCCUCCAGACACCUCUUCCCCAUCCAGGUCAUCAAAUGGAGGCCGUGUGACGAUUAUCUGGUGGUGGGCUGCUCCGACGGCUCUGUCUACGUGUGGCAGAUGGACACAGGAGCGCUGGACCGCUGUGUGAUGGGUAUAACAGCGGUGGAGAUUCUGAACGCGUGCGACGAGGUCGUUCCUGCGGCUCUGGACUCUCUCAAUCACCCCGCGGUGAACCUGAAACAGGCCAUGACCCGCCGCAGUUUGGCUGCGCUCAAGAACAUGGCCCAGCACAAGCUGCAAACGCUCGCCACCAACCUGCUCGCCGCCGACAACGCAGACAAGGGUAACCUUCCCAAAUACUCCCAUAACUCUCUGGUGGUCCAGGCCAUGAAGACGAACGUCACGGAUCCGGACAUGCACGUGCUAUUUUUCGACGUGGAGGCUGUGAUCAUCCAGUUACUGACGGAGGAGGCCCAGCGGCCCAAUCCCACCCUCGUCUCCCCUGAAACGCUGCAGAAAGCCCCCGGUGGGGCGGACAAGGGCGGGUCCUUCCUGGCCAAUAAGAUUUUCAAACAGGUGAAGGAGACCAUUAAAGAAAACAUCAAGGAGCACCUGCUGGAUGAAGACGAGGAUGAGGAGGAGGAGCAGCGGCGGCGCGAGGAGAAGUCCAAGUCUCUGAGUCUGCUGGAGUACAACCUGACCAUGGACACGGCCAAACUCUUCAUGUCCUGCCUGCACGCCUGGGGUCUGAACGGAGAGCUGGACGAGGUGUGUCUGAACCGCCUGGGCAUGCUCCGCCCGCACACGCCCAUCUCCUUCGGCCUGAUCUCCCGCGGCGGGCACAUGUCGCUGAUGCUGCCCACCUUCAAGGACUCGCUGCUCCGACAGCUGGCGCAGGGGUCCGCCGAGGGCCGCAAACUCUCUGUCUCUGAGAUCGUGGGCAAGGGCACGUACGGUGUGUCGAGAGCCGUGACCACACAGCACCUGCUGUCCGUCAUCUCGCUGGCCAACACGCUGAUGGGCAUGACUAACGCCACGUUCAUCGGAGAGCACAUGAAGAAAGCGCCAGUCAGGCCCCCAAGACCAGGCACCCCCGAGAGCCCGAGAAAGAGCAUCCCGCAGGCCUCCAGCCCGGCCCUGCAAGGACAGAUCAAACAAGCUGCCGUCGCUGUUCCGUCUUCAGGAGUGUCUUACUCUCCCUCAGUCAAUGAAGGUUGGAGUCAGCUUGCCGCCAUGCAUUGUGUCAUGCUUCCUGAUCUGCUGGGUUUGGAUAAAUUCAGGCCUCCUCUACUGGAGAUGUUGGCGCGCAGGUGGCAGGACCGCUGCCUGGAGGUUCGAGAGGCGGCCCAGGCUCUCCUCUUGGCUGAACUGCGCCGGAUCGGUCAGUCAGGCAGGAAGGACACCAUUGACAUGUGGGCGCCGUAUCUGCCGCAGUACGUGGACGCGGUGAGCUCCCCGGGAACCGCCCCAGAGACCGCCCAGCCUGCCCCGCCCCCUGCUGAAGCCCCGCCCACUGAGACCAAAGCUCCAGAGGAAGAGAUGGACGUGACGGAUGACGACAUCACAGCAGGUUGUCUGUCUAACCUUCCUCCCAACGCUAAGAAGAUCUGUAACUCGUAUGAGGAGAGGAGGAAACAGGCGACAGCCAUCGUCCUGCUGGGCGUGAUCGGGGCCGAGUUUGGAGCAGAGAUCGAACCCCCCAAACUCCCGUCACGUGCUCGUACCAGCACUCAGGCGCCCGAGGGCUUCGGUCUGACCAGCGGCGGAUCCAACUAUUCACUGGCCCGUCACACCUGUAAAGCCUUGACGUUCCUCCUUCUGCAGCCGCCCAGUCCCAAACUGCCCCCCCACAGCACCAUCCGCCGCACAGCGAUCGAUCUGAUUGGCCGAGGGUUCACGGUGUGGGAGCCAUAUAUGGACGUGUCGGCCGUUCUCAUGGGCCUGCUGGAGCUCUGCGCCGACGCCGAGAAACAGCUGUCCAACAUCUCAAUGGGUCUUCCUCUGAGCCCCGCUGCUGACUCCGCCCGCUCGGCCCGUCACGCCCUCUCACUGAUCGCCACCGCGCGCCCGCCCGCCUUCAUCACCACCAUCGCAAGAGAGGUUCACAGACACACAGCGAUGCAGUCCCAGGGUUCUCAGUCUCAGCAGAACGUUCACACCACGACUCUCGCUCGGGCCAAAACCGAAAUCCUGCGAGUCAUCGAGAUUCUCAUCGAAAAAAUGCCGUCAGAUGUGGUGGACCUGCUGGUGGAGGUGAUGGACAUCAUCAUGUACUGUAUUGAAGGGUCUCUGGUGAAGAAGAAAGGCCUGUCCGAGUGUUUCCCGGCCAUCUGCAGGUUUUAUAUGGUGGCGUAUUGCGAUCGCAGUUAUCGUAUCGCUGUCGGCGCCCGUCAGGGUUCAGUGGCCCUUUAUGACGUUCGCACUGGAAAAUGCCAGCAUAUUCACGGGCAUAAAGGACCCAUAACGGCGGUUUCCUUCGCACCGGACGGACGUUACCUGGCCACAUACUCCAACGCUGACAGCCACAUCUCCUUCUGGCAGAUGAACACGUCUCUGUUAGGAAGCAUCGGGAUGUUGAAUUCUGCUCCUCAGCUCCGCUGCAUCAAAACCUAUCAGGUUCCUCCGGUCCAGCCGGCGUCGCCCGGAUCUCAGAACGCCCUCAAACUCGCCCGGCUCAUCUGGACCUCCAACCGCAACGUCAUCCUCAUGGCCCACGACGGCAAGGAGCAUCGCUUCAUGGUCUGAGGGGUCAAGGGUCGCCGUGACCUUUAACCCACCGGCUUCUGAGCUGAGCUGUUUCCUAGUGUUUACACUCUCCACACCCGUCGGUGUUUGUUUUCAUUCCUCUUUUAAUUUAUAGUGUUUUUUUGACUAUUUAUGGAGAUGAUAAAGGACUGCAGGUCACUGAGACGUGUGUUUGCGCGCGUUUUUGCGCUUGAAGGUCAAGCGAGGUUUUGUUCAGACAGGCUGAUAUCAUUUUUUUCUAUUGUUUGAUUGACACAAAUCGCUCACAGUUGAUUCACUGAAACAUUCCAGCUGCAGGCAAACAUGCAGAUUUAUAAAAACACACAGACUCGCUCUCAAACACACAUGGUCCUUUUCACUUGUUAUUGUCUGAAGAUCCCGUCCGAAACACCUCGCUGACGACACUGAGAAAUGACAUUAUUUAUAAUCAAAGAAUCAUCAUUCGUACUGGAUGACUAGAAUCAUAUCGUGAUAUCGUGUAUCAUAGGAAUUAUUUUCAGGAAUGGUUUUUAUUUGAGCUUGUGGUGUAGUUGUGAAAUGUUUCGGUUUGCUUUCGUCUGUUUGUGUUUGUGUGAGUCGCUGGUUAGUGUGACAUCAUAGGCACGGAAACACACGUGUAAAAACAGUCGUGUUCGCUUCUUUCCCACCGCUGCACGCCGUCUGCUGUAAUCCACAGAGCGAGUGAUAGAGGACGUCUUUAAUCUUUACAACAGCAUCUCAAGAAAACACUGUUUGCUGAAAAUAUUUGGUGUUUCAUCCCAAAAUCAGAAGAAAAAAUAUAUAUAUAUUUGUGUAAGGAGCUAUUUUAGGACUAUUAAACUCAUUUCCGGGUUCAAAUUCUCAUAUAUAAUGUCAUUCUCAAACUGUAAUGCGGUAAAAAAACAUUAAAAAAAAAAAAAGUAAAUAAAAUUAAUUCUGAACUGCACAGCAUAAAUAUAUAUCUAAUAUAAUUUAUUACAUUUUUAUUGUUUUUAUUUCCUCUCUCACUGCUGUACGAUGUACUUUGGCAUGAAUUGUUGUGUAAAUGGAAAUAAAUAAAAAUUCUUUAUCUAUAGAAUAGAUGUGAAACGCUCAAGACUUGUAGUUUUAGACCAAAUAUGACAAUUAAACACAUGCAUUGUACUGAAUUAAAACAUCAAUUUUAACAUAAUUUAUUUAAUUAUUUUUUCCAAAAAUAAUCAUAGUCAUAAUUAACGUAAUGAUUAAUUUUGUUUGUGUGAAUAUGCAGUUAAAUCUUAAUGGUCCUAUAUUUUGUUUAUUUCUUGUAUUUGUCUUGUGAUUUUGGGGUGUAUCUGGCCUGGAUGUGCUGUUGACGGGUCAUUAUUAGAGCAGAAUCAGUUCAGGCAUGUCGACGCUUUUCACACAUCUGAGAGAGAAAAUAAAAAACACUUUCCCCUCGAUGCUUCUGUCAGAGAAAUCAUAGUUUAUUGCCAUCCUGAAACAUGAGUUAUUAAGAAUCCAGUAGAGAGAAAGACUGUCUGAUUUUUAAGGAUUUCUGAGGUCAGAAUAACAUCUGCAUGAUUGUCCGAAACUUCUGACACUGGACGCAUAUCAGGACUCAAUCUGGAAGAGAGUGUGUGUGUGUGUGUGUGUGUGUGUGUGUGUGUGUGUGUGUGUGUGUGUGUGUGUAAGGUUGUUUCUAUGAUGUGGCUUCUAUGUGUCUGUUUAGACUAAUGGAAAAGUCCUUGAACGUUCCGUGAACUGACGCAAAAUUCUAAUCAUAGGAUGAUUGAUUUUUUUCCCUGCAUAUAUUAGUUAUUUUCUCUCUCGCGCGGCUGUACGAUGUUCACGCUUUCCGUCACGACGCGGCUCGUUGUGUAAAUGGAAAUAAAUAAAAAUGCUUUAUCUAUAGAUUAUAGAUGUGAAACGCUCAAGACUUGUAGUUCCAGAACUUCAAACCCACAGGUGUGUGUGUGUGUGUGUGUGUGUGUGUGUGUGUGUGUGUGUGUGUGUGUGUGUGUGUGUGUGUGUGAGAUUCAACAUUCACUAUAUCAGGCUGUGCUUUAAUGCUGUUACUGGAUAAAGAAUCUUCUGUAAUUGUGUUAAUAAAGGUAAAUGUGAGAAUCAUCA